AUGAAAAAAUAUACCAAUCAAACUAAAUCGUACGUUUAUGCUAUCCUAGUUUUAUUUUACAUCUAUGUUAUUUUAAUAUUAUCACCGUGUAUUAUAAAAGUCUUUUUAUAUCUCUUUGGUGCAUUGAACGAUGAUCAAUUAAUCUUUCCCGUUCCUGUUAAUAAUGUCACAAAAGGAGGAUUAUUAUAUUAUUGUUUAAUCAUUUAUCAAAUUUCGGUUAUAAUUCUCAUAGCGACAGUAGGCUUUGUGAAUUUAUCAGCUUAUUUGAUAGUUGUACAACACGCGUGUUAUCAACUUGACAUUAUAAUAUUCAAAAUAUGGGAACCGUUUAAGAAACAUUCGAAAUAUACGCGAAAAGUUUGCUUCAUUAAAACGCCUAGUCUGCAAUGGGAAUGGAUAGUCAAGAUUAUAAGACUAUAUAAAGAUGUCACGGAGUAUGUUGACUUACUAAACAAUUUUUCAAAGAUGAAUUACUUAAUUACAAUUUUCUUAGUGAUGAUCCUCAUUGUUUUUGAUUACGUUUAUAUAUUUCAAUUAUCUAAACUAUCACAAAAUGUAAUUGAAAUAAUCGAAUGCAGCAUCUAUAGUAUUGGUUCUGUUUUUAUACUAUAUCUUAAUUUUUACCUUGGCCAAAAGCUAUUGAACCAUAGCACUGCAGUUUUCAAGGAAUUGAAUAAAAUUCCAUUCUACACUUUUUCCAUAAAUUAUCAAAAAUUGCUAUUAUUUAUAAUGGUGAGAAGCGGACGACCAUGCGUGCUUUCAAUCGGUGGUAUAUUUGUGUCAUCACAUGUAACAUUUGCUGCGAUAAUGCGAAAAGCAUUCUCUUUUGCAACGGUAUGUUAUACUGUUCAAUAAUUUUAUAUUAUGUUCUAAACGAUGAAAUAGUAUUAAUUAUCAAUACAUAUGUAUGUCAAAAAUUUAAUAUAUUUCAUAGAAAAUCGAAUCUACUCACUUUUAUAGAAAAUAAUAUGUUUGUAACGAUGGAAAAGCACAUAUGACAUUAUUGUUAGAUAUUAAUUAUUUAUUUCA